CACACCGAAUCCCGGUUAUUCUGGAUUCAGCGGUGCGCACUCUUAGGUACUGCAGGACCUGCGCCCGUGAGCCAAGCCCGUCUUAAUAUAUCGCAACUUCGCUUAAUUACACACACCUCCCUCCUUCCUAGUCCCAGCUCCCUGAUUCCUAAACUAACUAAAAGACCAAAGGGUCUAGUGACCUCCAGUCCACUCUUUUACCUUAAUGGAAGAGGAACCAUACCUAGAGAUUUACUUAAACCAGUGCAUGAAUCAGGAUGAGCUUGCCCCUCCCGACUCUCAUCUCUUCAGUCCUAUUAUGCCAUAUGAUUCAUACUUGCAUAUGUCAUCUAAUCAAGAGACUUUUGCUUCUCAUCUGGACUCUUCCAAAGAAUCUUCUACUGAUGUUUCAUCUGUGGACCUUAGCUUCCUGCCAGAUGAACUAAAUCAAGAAAACACAGAACAGAUCCUUACUGAAGGGAAGCAAGGAAUGGAAAGAAAUCAUGAAAUACAAGGAGAUCCAUCUAAGUUACAGUCAGUAAGUGAGAAGAACAGUAAUGGCAUUUGCCCAGGCAACUUAAGCUUGUCAAAUUCUGGUUCAAAUCCACUUUCAACUGAAAAUUCAACUCUGCCAUCUCCAGAGAAUUCUAGCUCUAGCUUCUUUCCUUUGACAUCCAUGACUCCUCUCAUGCCAGUGACCCCUGUUUCAGAAAGCUCUGGAAUAGUUCCCCAGUUGCAGAAUAUAGUAUCCACUGUAAACCUGGCUUGUAAAUUAGAUUUGAAGAAAAUAGCUUUGCAUGCUAAAAACGCAGAAUAUAACCCAAAGAGAUUUGCUGCUGUGAUAAUGAGGAUUCGAGAGCCCAGGACAACAGCACUUAUAUUUAGUUCUGGGAAAAUGGUCUGCACAGGAGCCAAAAGUGAAGAACUGUCUCGACUUGCAGCAAGAAAAUUUGCCCGUGUGGUACAAAAGCUUGGAUUUCCUGCCAGAUUUCUGGAUUUUAAAAUCCAGAACAUGGUUGGCAGCUGUGAUGUGAGAUUUCCAAUCAGACUGGAAAGCUUGGUGCUUACCCAUCAACAAUUCAGUAGUUAUGAACCUGAACUGUUUCCUGGCCUCAUUUAUAGAAUGGUUAAGCCAAGGAUUGUCUUGCUUAUUUUUGUAUCUGGAAAAGUGGUAUUAACGGGUGCCAAAGAGCGUUCUGAAAUCUAUGAAGCAUUUGAAAACAUCUAUCCCAUUUUAAAGAGUUUUAAAAAAGCCUAAAUAUAAUUAUUAAGAAUCCUUAGAAAAAUAUUAGUUUAUAUAUGCACAAAAGCAAUCCACUAAAAUCAGAUUUUUCUAUUAUUAAAACCAGCAUAAAACUGAAUCAGUUUGCCAAUUUAUGUAUUCACAAUGUAAUCUUAAGACUUUAAAUGUUACAUUAAAGUAUGCUGCUAUCUCAAAAGCCACAUCUUUUCUGAAAUCUAAACCUUUCCAUCUUUUUUCUAAUAGAUUUGUUGAAAGUACUUAAAUGAUGAAAAAAUAAUUUUUGAUGACAUUAGAAUAUAAUUUUUGUAUUUUAUUUUUUGAACCUGGAAAUAUACAUUUACUUUUGAAAUAAAAUGUAUGAGAGAUAGCAUAGAUUUUUGAGAAGUACAGAAGUACAAAACAAUAUGGUUGUC